CGUCUUCCUUGGAGCCCCUGCUCGGGGUUCGGGGGUUCCCUUGGAGCUGAAGGUUCUCCGGGUUGACACGUGAUGGCUGUGUGGUCGUUGGCAGUGCUCGCCUUCCCGCGCCUCUUUGGGUCAUUCCCUGUCUUUGGAGAGGGAAAUGCUUCAGCUCCGGGAAAGAGCUUGGAGAAAACAGCCCGGUGACUCCGAUGUUGCGGCAUCUUAUGUACAAAAUCAAGUCUACUGGCCCCAUCACUGUGGCUGAGUACAUGAGGGAAGUCUUGACUAACCCAGCCAAGGGAUAUUAUGUGCACCAUGACAUGCUAGGAGAAAAAGGAGAUUUCAUUACUUCACCUGAAAUAAGUCAGAUCUUUGGGGAGCUACUAGGGAUAUGGUUGAUUAGUGAAUGGAUGGCCACUGGAAAAAGCUCAACUUUCCAACUGGUGGAACUGGGUCCAGGUAGAGGUACCCUCACUGGAGAUAUUUUGAGGGUGUUCAGCCAGCUUGGAUCUGUGCUGAAAAACAGUGACAUUUCUGUCCAUCUUGUAGAGGUGAGCCAAAAGUUAAGUGAGAUCCAAGCAGUAACACUGAUUGAAGAGAAUGUCCCGUUGGAGCGAAAUGCUGGAUCUCUGGUGUAUAUGAAAGGCGUAACUAAGUCUGGGUUACCAAUUUCCUGGUAUCGAGAUAUACAAGAUGUUCCAAAAGGAUACAGCUUUUAUCUUGCACAUGAAUUUUUUGAUGUUCUUCCUGUGCAUAAGUUUCAGAAAACACCACAAGGAUGGCGAGAAGUAUUCAUUGAUAUUGAUCCGCAAGCUUCUGAUAAACUGCGGUUUGUUUUGGCACCUUGUGCCACCCCAGCAGAAGCCUUCAUAUGGAGUGGUGAAACAAGGGAUCACGUGGAAGUGUGUCCUGACGCUGGUGUUAUUAUUCAGGAACUUUCUCAGCGCAUUGCACGGGCUGGAGGUGCUGCGCUGAUUGCGGAUUACGGUCACGAUGGAACGAAGACAGAUACCUUCAGAGGGUUUUGUGGUCACAAGCUCCAUGAUGUCUUAAUUGCUCCAGGAACAGCUGACCUAACAGCUGACGUGGACUUCAGUUAUUUGCGCAGAAUGACACAGGGGAAAGUGGCCUCUCUGGGUCCGAUAACGCAACAAAUGUUUUUAAAAAAUAUGGGUAUUGAUGUCCGGCUGAAGGUUCUUUUAGAUAAUUCAGAUGAGCCAUCUACAAGGCAGCAGUUACUUCAGGGGUAUGAUAUGUUAAUGAACUCUAAGAAGAUGGGAGAAAGAUUUAACUUUUUUGCCUUGGUACCUCAUCAGAGACUUCCUAAUGGAAGUCACCAGAUGAAUGCACGUAAAUCAAACCCUUCUCCAGCACCUGUAGCUGGGUUUGAUGAACUUGCUUGGCGGUGACAUUUCACCUUGGACUUUUUACCCCUCAGUCUGCCUAAGAAAUCAAAAUAAAGUGAACACAUUUCAUACAUUGCAGGUAAAAUAAACAUUAAAAUAUUUUGCCUCUUCACACCCAAUAAAGAUAGUGCCAUGUUAUACGAUUAAAAACUAUACAGAUUUUAAGGUUGUAUCUGACUUUGGGUAUAUGUGUGUGUUCUUAAGUUAAUGAACAUGUGUUACUGUGGGACGGAGUUUGUUUUGAUUACUAAAGCCAUUUGCUGUAUUUCCAUUUUAUUUUUAAAAGAAAACAUGAUCCCUGAUUGAUUUAAUAAAAACUGGAAACAGCCUAAAUGGGCAUUCACAGGGGACUGAUUAAAUAGAACUAUCCCUAUAUUAUUUUAAAGGAUGAGGUAGGUCUUAUCUAUAUGUUGUAACACAACUAAAGUUAAGUGAAAAAGUAGAGUGCAAUUUCUAUAGUUAUGAUUCUGUUUUUGUUGGAAGGACAAAAGUUACAUUUAAAGAAAUCCUUAUAUAAAAUAAUUAAAAUAUAAGUAAUUCAUAAGAACUAAUUUACUAGGUGAAGAAUCGUCAUUUUCUGUUCUGUGAUAUGUACAUGCAUUAAAAAAAAAAAAAA